UAAAGUCAAGAAACAAUACAUCCACUGCUUUCCCUUCAUCAUGAAUGAAUGGGGAGGGGGUUUCCCAGCCUCUCUUUCCACAGCAGCGACCUCGACAGGGGCGGCCGCCACUCCCAGCGCCAUGUGUCACCUGAGCCCCCUGCCGGCAGCGAAGGAGGAGGAGACCCAGCUGACGAGCGCCCGCCGGCUCUGGGCCUUGCUCCGGGCGGGCGUCCAGGCCACUGUGGAGAAGAUGAAGAAGGAAGAGCUGAAGGCUGCCCAGCUGACCCACGGUCUCCAGCACCUGCGUCACCUCAGCUUCCCGCAGCCCGUGCGCCGCGUUGCCUACAACAGCAGCGCCAGCCUCUUCGUGGUCCUGGACGCGGAGAGCCAGCUGCACCUGCACAAGGAGGACGGCUGGUUCAGCCACAGCACCCAGGCCCCGGAGCCCAUCGCGGGCUUGCUCUACGCCACCCAGGUCAACAAGUACGUGGCCUGGGACCAGGGAAGCCUGCAGGUGCUGGGCCCAGACUUCGAGGUCCUCUCCAAGGUGCUGGCUCCGCAUGGCAUCCGUUGCUGCCACUACAACCCAGAGAUCAAUCAGGUGGUGACAGCUGGAGCGGGCAGCCUGUCCAUCUGGGCCUUCCGCUAUGGAUUCCGCCAGCUGCAGUGCCAGGCCACCGUGCAGCAGGGCCUGUCCCCUCGCGACACCUUCAGCCGGCUGGCCCUGGACACCGGCAUCCCCCAGACAUGCUUUGCUGCCUGCGGCACCGGGGUUGCUGUCUUCAACCUCUCCCAGGGGGAGCUACUGACCUUCCAGAGGGACCUUCACAACAGGGCCAUCACUGACAUCGCUUAUUGCGAGGCGGGGGGGUGUGUGGUGACCGCCUCCCGCGACACCACCAUCAAGGUCUGGGACAAGAAGUGGCUGAUCCAGACAAUCUUCGUGGGACACACUGGGCCUGUGACCGCUGUGACCAUCUACCCGCAGGGGCCCUUCAUCCUCUCUGCCUCCCAGGACGGCACCAUUCGCACCUGGAACCUGCAGACCAUUGACCAGGUGGACGAAGUGCAGGUGGCCGAGGUGGUGGAGCAGCUGCAGACGCACCCGGAGGGGGGGUACGUGGUCUCGCUGUCCGGCUCCAGCGUGGACCUUUGGAAGGUCAACCAGCUCUAUUCCCUGCACACCCGGCUGGGUGCCGCCGUGACGCGCCUCUGUACCGUCGACCUGAGCGCCGUGGGCAGCUUCCCGGUGCGAGUUGCGUGCGCCUGCCAGGACUCCACCGUGCGGCUCGUGGCCGCGCACACCGGCCGCAUCCUCUCCACGCUGCUGCUGGACAGGCCCUGCCAGGCCGUGGAGGUGGCCUACUGUCUGCCCAAGGAGACCCUCUUUGUGCUUCUGGAGCUGGGCCAGCUCCUGAGGGUGAACACCGCUGUCAACCCCAUGAGCGUCAAGAAGAUUGUGGUGCCCUGGAGCGAGUCGGCGCGGCCCCGCUGCCUGCUCCUCUACAGCCACCUCGUGGACCCCGAAAAGGCCUAUGCCCAGUGGCGGGAGAUCCUGGAGCAGAAAGGGGACAAGAAGUCCUGGACACAUCUCCCGCUAAAGCUGCAGGACAAAAACAGGUACCUGCCAGUUCUGGGGCAGGAGGACGGCUCACUCUGCGUGCUUCAGUGGUUCACCGGGCGCGUCCAGCACCAGGUGAAGGCUCAUGGCUCAGAGAGGGUGACCGCGCUGGCUGCCUACCCCCACGACAGCUGUAUCAUCUCAGCUGGUGGCGAUCGCACGGUGAAAGUCUGGCGCAUCUUCCCCUACAUUGACGAGUGCCUGACCCUGCUGCUGAGCUUCUCCUGCCAGCACCCCGUGCUGCACAUGUGCCCGCUGGGCUCCACGCUGGGCACCGCCAUCCAGGACCCCGAGACCGCCACCUACAGCAUCGUCCAGUACGACCUGCUGGCCCAGAGCUGCCAGGAGCACGGCCCCGAGGAUGACCCGCUGGACGAGAUCACAGGCCUGUGCUGCUGUCCCACGCUGAAGCUCUUUGCAUCGGCCAGCAGGGAUGGGUCGGUGAAGGUCUGGAACGCCCAAAACCAGCUACUCAGGCACCUCAAGCUGAACACGAUCCCGGAGAGCCUGGCCUUCGGGAACGAGUGCGGGGACCUGCUGCUGGGCGUGGAGCAGCAUCUGCACUGCAUACACCACAGCAAGUACCUGCCCAGGCUGUAUCUCACCAAGCUGCUGUGCGUGAGCCUCCUAGACCCCAUGCAGGACGCUCCUUUCCCCACCAGCGAGGGCUCACUGCGGCCCCUUAACAAGGACGCCAGACAACGGUUGCUCCUGGACCCUCGUUCCCUCUCUGUCAAGCUGUGCGUGCCGCUGCUCCCCUGGAAGCUCAAGAAGGAUGAGGACUACUCCUGGGUGCGCCAGGAGAAGGAGGAGGCCUGUGCCCAGCUGGCCGCGAGGGACCAGGAUCUGCUCCUCAUUCAGCAGGGGAAGCUCCCCGCCGCCAGGAAGCCCAGGCUGCAUACGAAGCUGCAGGACGAGGCCUUUGAACGCUACAUGCGUCUUGUCCACAGGCAGCCGCCGAGGAUCCAGAUCCCCCACACCGAUUCCUUUGAUGCAGACACGAUUCUGGAGGCCUGUCUCCUUGGCCCACUGGUACCGAAACUCUACGGCCUGGCUGCUUCUCACAUGUUCCUAGGGGCCUUCCCUGACGGUGCCGAGGAGGACGCGGAACGUCCGCUGAUCAAGGCUCCCGCGGCGGAUGGGGUUUGCCGAGAGGACGCCCUGGAGCCUCCCACAGGCCGGGGCUCACGUUUAGGGCUUCCAACCCCCAGCGCUUCUCGAGGGCUGGAAGACUCCCUGUGCCGCACCUCGCUGGCAAGGAUCCGGAGUCAGAUAUCCCAGGCUCCCGCGGCAGAUGGGGUUUGCCAAGAGGACGCCCUGGAGCCUCCCGCAGGCCAGGGCUCAAGUUUAGCGCUUCCAACCCCCAGCACUUCUAGAGGGCUGGAAGACUCCCUGCGCCGCACCUCGCUGGCAGGGAUCCAGAGUCAGAUAUCCCAGGCUCCCGUGGCGGAUGGGGUUUGCCGAGAGGACGCCCUGGAGCCUCCCACAGGCCGGGGCUCACGUUUAGGGCUUCCAACCCCCAGCGCUUCUCGAGGGCUGGAAGACUCCCUGUGCCGCACCUCGCUGGCAAGGAUCCGGAGUCAGAUAUCCCAGGCUCGCCAGGAGGCCGCGGCAGCCAGUGAGAGCCAACGCGCCGGCAGCCACAGCCGGUCACCCUCACAGCAGAUCACCAAAGUCAACAGCCAUGGCCCCUCCGCGUCUCAGGUCAGCAGUCAGACGUCCAAGGAGUUGUCCCAUCUGCAAGUCCGCAGGCUGUCAUCGGGCUUCCUGCCCAAUUCGGUGGUGGUGCAGCAGUUCCGGAGCCAGGAUGACAUCGAGUCUUCGAGGGAAUCGCUGCAGGCCACGUGGCUGGAAGUGCAACAGGGUCAGGUGGAGAGGGCAGGCCCUGAGCGCAGCAAGGAGUGGCAGGGCGCCGAGGAGGAAGAGGACGAGGCGGCCAGGACAACGGCGAUUCUAGAGAAGAUAUCCGUUUCCCUGCCUGUCCCCAAGUGGAAGGAGGUAACUUGUAGCAGUGUCUGCAGUGGGGGUCUGGGAUCUGCCACCUGGCCCCUCUGUGCCCAGAUUGAUCCCAGGGUGGUUUUUACUGAGCUGGGAUGUUUCCUCUUGAAAACCAGGUGCCCUGAGCAUGCACCCUUUGCCACCCCCGGGAUAGCUGGUGAAGGACGCGUGUUCAGGGAGAAGAGAUCUCUGGGCUGGCCUGAGUGGCUCCGGGCUGGCUCCGGGCUGGGCUGCGUGGCUCCGGGCUGGCUCCGGGCUGGCCUGAGUGGCUCCGGGCUGGCUCCGGGCUGGGCUGCGUGGCUCCGGGCUGGCUCCGGGCUGGCCUGCAUGGUGCCGGGCUGGCUCCGGGCUGGCCUGAGUGGCUCCGGGCUGGCUCCGGGCUGGCCUGAGUGGCUCCGGGCUAGCUCUCCUGGCUCACCUUUUCUUUUGUUUCAGAGCGUGACGAGUUUUUUCCUGACGCAGCCAGAUGAGUUUGAGCAGCCCCAGGCCUCUCCCUCCGGAGGCGAGAUACCAUCCUUCGUCCUCCAGUUCGAGGACACAGGAUGGUUCAGGCAGAUCUACCCCGUCCUCAGCUCAAUGGAUUCCCUGCGGGGACUGAGCAUGAGCGGGUUUGUGCGCCAGCUCCUGGAGGCGCUGCUCACCGUGGAUUACAGUGCAAAGACUUACAUAGUCCAGGCCAUCCUAACGCUGCAUGAGCAGGUCGGGGUGGAGAACGGCCGCGAGGUCUGCAAGGCCCUGCUGCUCAUCCUGAACAAGAGCGACCCGCCCAAACUGCAGGAAAAGACGCAGAAAAAGUUUGUCCUGACCUCCCUGAAUGCCCUCAUGGCCUUCUGCAGAGACAGUAAGGAGCUGCUGCUGGAGCUUAUGGCAUACUUCCUGCACAGUCCCAUCUCCAGCAGGCAGUCCAUUAAGGCUCUUUUCAUAGAGCUGGGCCUGGAGGAUCCACACCACUAUUUCUACCAGGAGAUGGACUCUUGGGACCUUUCCAGGGAGAAGCCUGCCUCCAAGGCAGCACUGAGGAGAAUCUGCGCACAGUGGCUUGAAGGAGCGAUGCAGGAUUUCCAGGAUCACAGGAGCAGCACGCUGGAGCCGUUCCAGGCACGGGUGGGGAACAGGCACUUCCCUGACAGCAGCCCAAAGGCUAAAAAAGCUGCAGGGAGGAGCAAGGUUUUUCUAUCUGCUGGCAGCUCAGAGCUGUCACUGGGGCCAAUAGACGCAAUAAACCAUUUCUGUAAAGUGCAAAUGAAGAGGGAUUUGGAGGACCUGAAACAGCCAAAAUCUGCUGGAGCACAGGAAACCAAGAACACAGUGAUGGCCUUGCCUUUCAUUGGGAGGAGCCAGGCCAUCUUGCGGCUAGGAGAGACCAACACUAUGGCGCGAAGGAGACCGUCCCAGCGUUUCUACCUUCCGCGCAUUUUUCCACUCCCUUUGUUGACGGGAUUUGUACAUGCUAUUAAAUUGCCAGUGCCAAGAAUCAACCUGAACCCAUUUCCACCUGAUUCUGACAUGCCAGCUUCACAAAAUACAUUCAUCUCCAUGCAUCAGAAAGUCCAGAAAUAUUUCAUCCCAAAGUUCUCAUUUGCAGAUAGCUAUCCCUGAAGACAUGGCUACCCAAGAUGGCUCUGCAUCGGCCUGACUCCCAGACUUGAUAAUGAGCAGAGGCCAUUGAAUGCAGAAUGAUAAUGGGCUCUUCUAGGUCUGGCUAUAAGGAAACUAAAUAAAAUGUAUGGUAAAGAUGGGAGGCCCAGCUGAGAGUUAUAUACCAACAACUGGAUGGAGCAAGCCACACAAAACAAAACGCACUGGGGAAAUAAUAAAUGUGGAAUCAGGAUUGUUCUA